AUGUCGCCUUUCGACUGCAAAUCACGACGUGGCACCAAAAUAUCAGUCAUAUUACUGGGCAGCGCUUUAUGCAUUGUAAUGAUGGCUUAUUUCGUUUUCGGAGAUAGCAACGACGAGCAGGGCUUGAAAAAGCUACGCAUGAUAUCAAUUCUGUUCCGCCAUGGUGCCAAGAAUCCGAGCGGCUUCUAUCCCAAUGAUCCACAUGCAGCGCACGACUGGCAGGAAGGCCUUGGUGCCCUCACACAGAAAGGCAGCUUGCAGUCAUACAAAUUGGGGCAAAAUCUGCGCAUGCGCUACUAUCGACUGUUGCCAUCGAACAGCAUUUACACACAGCAGCAAGUGCAUGUUCUAAGCUCCGCCGCGGAACGCUGUGUGAUGAGCGCUCAAAGCGUAUUGGCCGGCCUGAUGCCGCCGCUGGAUAAUAAUAAUGUGUUGCCCAUACCCUGGCAGCCGGUGGCCGUAAACACCCUAGCACGUAACGAUGACAUUUUGUUGGCACAGAAAAAGCCCUGCGCUAAAUAUGAGAGCAUACUACAGAAGCUAUACAAAAACCCGCCACCAGAUCUUGAAAAGUUAAACGAGGAAAACAAGGAGCUAUAUAAGCUUCUCACAAAGAACACGGGCAAGAACAUUUCCAAUGUGCUUGAUGUGGAAAUGUUGUAUACCACAUUAAAAACAGAAGAGGAAGUCAGCCUUACCCUGCCGGAUUGGACUGAGAACAUAUACCCAGAGGAAAUGCGAUCGUUGGCUGAACGCAGCUAUGCUCUGUUUACCGAAACACAUCUCAUGAAACGUAUCAAGGGCGGUGCUUUUCUCACAGAAAUACUCAAGAAAAUGCAGAACAAACGCAAAAAGAAUUUGAAUCCGGAUCGUAAGAUAUUUUUGUAUGCAGGCCAUGAUGUUACCCUGGUGAAUGUUAUGAACUCAAUGGGAAUUUUGGAUCAGACGGCUAAGCUCCCAGAAUAUGCCUCGGCAUUAGUCUUUGAGCUGCAUCACAGCAAAUCUUUCGCUGAUGGAGAUUUCGAAGUGAAGCUGGUAUACUAUUUUAAUAGUGAGGACAAAUUCCCCAAGGAGCUCAGCAUACCCAAUUGUGAUUCACCAUGUUCGCUGAGUCAAUUUGCUGCUUCGUUAGAACCACUAUUACUAGAUAAUUACGAUGAUACCUGUGAAAAUCCCACAUUUGACUGCAAGAAUUAAGAUAUUUGUUUUUGUUUUUUUUUUUUUUUAUUUUCGUUUUACCCCUUGUUAAACAUAUUUCAAAAUGUAGUCAGGUUUGUAUGUUAUUGUUGAACAAUAAACAUUAGUAUAUGUUCAGA